AUGAAAAGAGUUUUGGAAAAAAAUAGAUUUAGAAUAAUCCAUAAAUUUACAAGGCUUUAUAAUAGUACUGGGACUAAUGAGCAUAGAAAAAAUAAUAACUCUAUUGUUAAGAAUGAUAAUUCAAUAAUAAACUACAAAAUGAUAUUAGGGGUUAAAAAAAUUGAGAUUUCCAACUUAUCAUCAUUGUGCAGAGACUUUCAUAAUAUUUUUCGAAUAAAUAAAUAUGCAUUGCUAAAAUAUACAAAUGAUAUAUUACCAUUUAUAAAAUAUUUAAGAACAAGUGAAAUUGCUAUGAUUUUACACCAUUAUGCACAUAUAAAUUAUAAUAAUAUAAAUUUUUAUAAUAAUUUAUGGAAUCAAAUCAUAGAUAAAUUAUAUGAUAUAGAUUGUAAAGAGCUAGCUUUGAUUAUAUAUAGUAUGGGUAAAAUAAAAUAUUUAAAUAAUAAAGAUAUGAUUUUACUUUUUGAAAGUGAAAUAAAAAAAUGGAUAAAUAAAUUAAGUGGCAGAGAUUGCUCAUUAAUAUUAAAAGGAUUGAACAAUUUAAAUUAUAAUAAUAAUAAUAUAUAUUCAAUAAUUUAUGAUAGAAUAUUAACUAUUUCUGAUGAUCUUAACUUAUUAGACAUAUGUAUAAUACUUAAUACACAUAGUAAAUCUAAAAAUAUAAACAUAAAUAUAUUUGAAAUUUUAUUAAAUAAAUCUUUAUCAUUCUAUUCUUUUUUAAAUGAGCAAUGUAUUGCUUCAUUAUUAUGGAGUGUUAGUAAUGCCAGUAUAAAAUCCGAAAAAUAUUUUUCCCUCCUUACCCUCAAACUCAGAUUGUUAAUGCAUGAAAAGUUAAUCAAAAUUUCCGAGAUCAGUCAAGAAAAAACACCUGAUCACGAUGUACAGAAUGUCGACAUAAAAAAAGAUGGGACCCGAGAUAAAGCCCCAAUUAACGACCCCAACAACAGCAAACUCUUAGAACGACCAAAAAAAAAUGUAGAUCAGUCCCAAAAAAUUGUAGAACAGAAUAAUCAAGGGAAAAUUACUAAUGACAAUGAUAAUUUUUUUGAAAAUUAUAAUGAAGUCAUUUCAGAAUCACAACCAUAUGAUAGUGAAGAUAAACAAGAUGAUGAUAAUUUAAAAAGUUUAAAUUACGAGAUAAGUAUGAACAGUUCAUGUAAAUAUGAAAAUUUAAUACCUUCGAUUAUCUAUUCAUUUGGAAAACAACGAACAUAUUUAAAAAAUAAUAUAAAUAUAAAUAAAAAAUUAUAUAAUCAUAUUAUUAACAGUUAUAAUGCUCAAAAUUAUAUAAAUAAAUCGCCAGUUGAUACUGUGCAUAUAUUUGAUACGUCUCGAAAUUUUUUAAGAGAUAAAAAUGUGUUUAAUAAUAGUAAUAUUAAUGAUAAAAAUAAAACAAAAUUAAAAAAAUAUCAAAAUAAAAUAUAUUAUGAACAUAUUAUUUUUAUAAUAAAUAACUACUUAACAUAUUUUAUAAACAAUGUGCAUUAUAAUGAUUUAAAAAAUAUAUUAUUUGGGAUAGCAAAAAUAGAAAUGUAUAUAGAUAAAAAAUUAUUUAAUCAUAUUUUUGAAUUAAUUAUACUUCAUGUUAAAAAAAAUAUGUAUAAAAGUUAUGAAAUAAUUAAUUUAUCAAGAUCUUUAUCCUUAUUGCCACAUGUACCCACAAAUAUAUGGAUAGACAUUUUUGAAUUUUACAAAAAUAAGUUUGUUUCAAAUACAAGUGUAAAAAAUAAUUGCUAUCUAUUUUAUAUAUUUUCUUUUGUUAAAAAAAAAUUAAAUAAUUAUAAUUUUGAUUUAUGUUUAAUUGAGCAUAUAAAUAAAAAAAUUGUUAGUAUUAAUGAGGAUGAUGUAAUAAAUGUAAUAAAAGCUUUGAUCAAUCUUAAUUAUUAUAACAACGAAUUAGUAAAUAACAUAUCAAAUUAUAUAGAAAAAAAUUAUACAGCUUUUAAUUUAAUAGAUAUUGUAUAUAUAUUAAAAUAUUUCACAUCCAUGGAUUUAAGGAAUACAAAUAUUUUCUCAUUAUUUGCUUUAACAGUUAAAAAAAAUAAUACAAAACAUAAUUAUGCUAUAAUUUCAACAAUCUCGUCUUUUUAUUUACAGAUGAAUAUAUUCCCUAAAACAAUUGAGGAUAUAUUAUUACAGGAAAAAAAAAGUAGUGAAAUUUGUUUCAAAACUGAAGAAAUUAUUUGUGAUGAAUAA